AUGUGAAAGGAAGAAGAAAGGUCAUUUCCAACCAUUUCACUCUCCCUUGAGCCUUAUCCAUGUGCGUUGACUUUUGGAGUAUAUAUAGUAACAAAAAAGAACAACAGAGAGAGAGAAGUGGGAAGAAGAAGAAUUCUGCAAAACCAUCAAGGAUUGCCUUGUAACUUCGAAGUCUUUUUCUUUUGGGGAUAGUUAGUUAUGUUCUCUAGCUUUUGAUUUUUGCCCAAUUGGUGAUCUUGGGUUUCGGGAUCAACUCGGUUAUCAGAUCACUUGUUAUAGUUUGUAAAUCCCAAAAUUUUGAAUUCGAAAAAGUUGCAGGUACAACAAUGGCUAUGAGUGCUGAAGCUGAUAAUAGUAAGAAUGAUGGGUUGGUGUUCUUUGGGAAGGGUGUUAGGCCAUUUAAUUUGGAUGAGUUGAUUAAUUCUGAAGCUGAGGUUUUGGGGAAGGGUACCUUUGGGAGUAGCUACAAGGUGGAUUUGGAGGGAAAGGGUGGUGUUGUGGCUGUGAUCAGGUUAGAGGCUGCAGGUCAUGUUUCCGAGAUGGAAUUCAAAGAAAGGGUUGAAAGGUUAGGAGAGUUGGUUCAUGAGAAUUUGCUUCCUCUUAAAGCUUAUUGUUGGCAUAUUGUUGAGAGGCUUCUUCUAUGUGAUUACAUGCCUAUGGGAAGCUUGUCUGCUCUUCUCCAUGGGGGAAAAGGUGCAGACAAGACUCUACUCAGUUGGAAAGUUAGGAGUAGAAUUGCUUAUGAAGUUGCCCGUGGCAUCGAGUAUCUACAUUCACGAGGCCCCAAUUUCUGCCAUGGAAACAUAAGGUCUUCCAAUGUUCUCCUGACCAGUUCCUACAGUGCCCAAAUCUCGGGUUUUGGCAUAGCCCAACUGGUUUCACCUGGAUCCAAAUCCAACCUCAUUCCGGGCUAUCACGCGCCUGAGGUUACAAAUACUGAAAAGGUUUCCCGGGAGGCUGAUGUUUAUAGCUUUGGUGUCCUGCUUUUGGAAAUGCUGACCGGUGAGUCCUCCUCGGGUGCCAUUUCCAACAAGAAAGGGUUCGACCUGCCUAAGUGGGUGCGAUUGUUGUUUCAGGAGAAGCCAAUCUUCGAUGUGUUCGACAAUGAGCUGCCAAGGAACAAGAAGACCGAGGAGGAGAUGGUCCAGAUGUUACAACUUGCAAUUUGUUGUACUUUCGAAUAUCCUAACAAGCGACCCUCAAUGGCUGCAGUGUCGAACAGGAUCAAGGAGGUUUGUGGAGUUGAGACAUAACGAUUGAUUGUACAAGCAAUUUUCAAGUACAAAAUAAAUAGCUAGCAGAAAAAACACAACAUGAUCUCAAUUUCAAUGAAUA